UCCAACAGAUUGUGACUCAGCUUGAAACCGUUCCGGUUCCACAUACUACUUUCAACAUUUUCUGCAAAUUAAUUUUCAUAAAACUCUUGAAGACGAAGACGAAUCGAAAAACCAGGCAGCUAGAGUUUGCUUCUUCUCUGCUUUCUCCGGCCACUCUCCGAUGCUGAUACUUCUAUACACAAGUGUGGAAGAAGAACUGAGGAAGGGUAGUAUUCUGUAAAGGGUAUCGAGUUUGAUCAGAAAAAAAUGGUGCAAGGUCUGUCACCGAGCACUCUGACUGCGUUUUUCUAUGGUGGGCUAUGUGGGUCGAUGCCUUCGUGGAGGAAGCAAUUCAAACUAAUGAGCAAAACCCCGAUAAGUUCUGGUGUCGAAAGGUGUGGUAUCUGGCAUGUGGGCCGUCAAAGCUUAUUUGUAAGAGGUAACACCGAUGUGGUAAGACAAAGGAAAGUGAGGGUGGAAGCUGGGUGGCUGUUUAAAGGGGGUGAUCAGGGGUUGAAUGCAAGCUCGGAGCGGAGCGAGAGUGCUAAUGAGGAUAUUUUGAUAUUCUUUUUCCAGCUAGACCUGGCAACUCGAGUACAGUAUGCUUUGAACACGGAACAGUAUGAUUUUGCACAACAACUAAGAAACAAGCUGUAAAAAUGGCGAAUUGAAGCUGAGGUUAUUAAGCAGCAGGAGGCAAAAAGGGCGUCUCCAAAGAGUGAAGCUCAAGAUAAGGCGAUAAGUAUCAUUUGUCUACGUGCGGACCUGCAGAAUGCAAUUGAGAGCGAGAAUUAUGCCGUGGCAGCCAAGCUAUGAGAUGCGAUUUCUAAACAGGAGGCAGUGUCACUGGAUGCAUCCGCCAAAGCUUUGGCACAUGAAAAUGCUAAUUAUUCAUUUCGUUUGGGACAAAGCGUGAGCCAUAAAAUUUUUGGCUAUCGAGCCGUGGUUUGUGGAAUGGAUGCGGUGUGUUCCGAGUCAAGUUCAUGGAUGGAAACUGCACAGGUUGAAAAGCUGACACGCGGUUCUAAUCAGCCAUUUUAUCAGAUUUUGGUCGAUGUACAUGCUGACCCUAACCUUCUGGUGGCAUAUGUUUCUGAGGAGAAUCUUUUAGCUCCUGAAGAACCAGAUGUGGAUCGAUUUGAUCAACCCUACAUUUCAUUUUUGUUCUACGGGAUGGAUGCAGCUGGCGAUUUCAUCCCCAUCAGGCAAUUGCGAGAGAAGUACAAUAGGCCACGACACGAAAUCCCCUAUGAUCCACUGGAUGAGGGGCAAGGAAGUGAUGUUUAGACAAAUCCCGGAAACUGACCUUGUAUAAGAUACUGGUUUACAUAGAGCCCGUCAAUAUAUUCGUUUCUUCUGCCUUAAAUGACGGCAUUUUGUCUUAACUUUGAGGAAAUAUGCACAAAUACAAGGGUUACGAACUCUUAAUCAAAAAAAGCAUUCGGGUUAGCGUCCUUCA